AGAGGAAGUGACAGAGAGAGGGGUGGGAGGAGCUAUGACCAGUACUGAGCCAGUCCUGUGGGGCAGAAGCCACAGCAGCGUGCUCCUAAGUGGCGUCCCCUCCUUGUCACCAGGGGCCAGUGCUGGGGGGGCCGCAUGGCCUUCCAUCCGCUGCAGGACACCCACCGCCAGACUUCCUCCCAUACUUUCUGCAUGAGCUGGGCUAGCUCCGAGUUCGCGGGAGGCCCGUGGGGUCAGCUGCCUAGCUGACGGACUCUUUCCCACAGAACUCCGAGGAGAGGCUGAGGAGGGAGGCGAAAAUUACUAUGUGAAUAGAAACCUGCAGGUUACAUAAAUAUGUCAGCGGAGACCAGGAGCGGAGCCUGAAAUCGAUCCAUCAGGCCCGGAGCCUUUGUGAGCCUCCCGGCCUGGCUCCCGCGCUGCGGGAUUUCUGUCUGCAGCUUGUUUUUCCUUCCUUGGUGGGUGAUACUCUCCCCCUUCAGCACAUCCCUGCUCCAGGCUUUCUUCCGGAAGGUGGGAGCCGGUCUCUGCGGGGUCCACGGCCAAGCCCAGAGAAGCAGCCCCCGCCACCGCAUAGCUUCUCGAUCCUGGCACAGCAGGCAGCGUCCGAUUUCUUGUUGGCACCGAACACUGCUCGCCCUCUGGCCGGGGUGCUUCCAACCAGCGCUGGAGGGCCCAGGCAGCGGGUGUGGGGUCGGACGGUGGACAUCUUCACAAGAUACAGCGACCGCGACCUUUACGUCGUCAGGCCCCUGUGAGGCCUUUUACAAGACUUGUUGAAUUUAAUCCUUAUCCUCCCAAGAGGUGGGUGCUACCGUUCUUCCAGGACUGCAGCUUGCUGGGGUCACACCUCUGGCCAGUGGCCCAGGCCCCAGAGCCUGGCCCCUUCACCUCCACGCUGACCACCACUCAGGAAACUGGCCCCUCAUUCACCUAAUGAGAGAGAGGGAGCACGUGUUUGCAGGUAGAGAUUUGGAAAUCAAUUUAAAUGGAAAAACAAGGGAGGAGCAGAGAUUGGGAAGUGGAGCUUCUGAGGAAUGGUGUCUGGAGGGGUGGCCUCUGGGGCAGCACCCCGUCCCUCCCUCUCUAGCAGACUGGAGGGCUUCCACGGGGGCCUGGGGAGAGGGGGGUCCCCAGCGGCAAGCCUGGGGCGGGCCCUGGGCAUCGUGAAGGCACUGGCAACGAGCCUUACGUGGCCCUGUCUCACAGAUGGAGCCGGGCAGUGCGGGCCUUGCAUCCGGGUCUGGUCAGUCCUCCGUCUGUCUGUCCGCCUGUCUGCCUGUCUCUCCCCCACACUGCAGACCCGGCCUGGCCCAUACGCUCUGCGAAGGUUUGUGGCAUGAGUGUGUUUUGUCUCAGACACUGUCUGUCCCUUUCACCUGGGCCGGGAGGAGAGGGCGGGCCUGGGCAGUCCCGGGGCAUCCGGGGGCCUCCCCUAGCCCCGUGCAAAGCCUGGCUGUUCUGUCCGACCUGUGCUGGCCUGUGCAGGCAGCAGCUGUCAUCUGGAAACUAUGUGGCCCAACAACCUGAGACUGGGCAGGACGUCAGAGUUCCAGGUCCAGUGGGACUGGACUCUCAGAAAAGGGGCCCCAGUGCCUCAGGCCGUGGUGAGGGCCGAGUUCCCGCACGCGGUUCCUCCAGCCAGGCUUGGGCUGCACCUCCUCCGUCCCAGGCCCUCCAGGGGCCACAAAUCCCCAGGGAGGCCCGCAGGCCAGGCCAGGCCAGGCCAGCUGGUGGAGAAGGUGCAUUUGGGGCGGGCCCACUGUGAGCUCCAGGUGUCCCCAGCUGGGCUCCAGCGAGUUUCUCCGAGCCUCAGUUGGCCCAGCUGGGAAAUGGGAUGCCAAUGUUCCCAUAAUCCCCAAGAGUCUAAGGCUUGGGGUGGCGUGGCCUGGACACCCUGGCUUGCAGAAGGGCCAGCCCCCCUUGGCUCCUUGCACCCCACCCAGGAUGCCCGAGACCCACCCAGAAGGCACCAAACCUGCCACCUCCAAACACAAGCCUGCCGGCCUGUGGCUGCCCUGGGUGGGGGUUGGUGCACCUGCUGUGUGGGUGAAUGAUUUAUGGGCCAGGAUGGGGGACCCGGGGGAGGAAGGAGAGCCUCGUGGUUCACUGAGACCAGAGUGCCAGGUUCCUCCCAGCAAGCUGGACCCAGACAGGGCCCACAUCCUGUGUCCCCUGCAGUGUUCGAGGACGCCUGGCCUUCCCUUCCCUUCCUCCCUCACCCUCACCGCCAGGCUGGGUGUGAAACAGCGGUGUGGGGGCAGGGCCGGGGCCCAGUGGUCUGGGGUGCCCUGUGAGAUCUUCCGCAGUGGGUUUCACGGAGUCAGUUAGAGAUUAGAGGCUGCAAGUCCUUGCUCUCCUGAAGGGGACCCGGUGAGGCCAGGCCUGUGCGUACAGGUUGCACGCUUUCCCUCAGCAGCGCUCUGAGUAGGCGUUAUUGAACCAAGCAGGCUCAGAGGGGUGCAGCAACUUGCCCAAGAUUGCACAGCCAGAAACCUCAGGUCCUUAUUAGCUGUUUGUGGCUUUUCAGUGCCCUGAGGGCCUAGGCCGGUGGCCUCUUCCAUUCUGGGGCUGAGCCACCCUGCACACACAGCCUGGGGGUGGCUGCCCUGGCCCCGGGCCCCACUGCCCCCCAGUCCCUCGGGCUGCGGCUCUCCAGACCUUGCAGCCCCCAGCCCCGAGCUUCCUGGCCACGCGGCCCUGUGGUGCCCCCGUGGCCCGCUCACGGCCCACAGGACUGCCCACCCUCAGUCUCAGCUCCAUGUCCACCAGACCUCCGGUCGGCCUGGCCUCGGCCCUUGGCCCCCGGCCCUCAAGCCCACGGACCACUGUCCCCAGCCCCCAGGUCCCUGUGUCCUGAGUCCCCGUCUCCAGCCGCCCAGCUGCUGGCUCCACUGCAUGCCCGUCUGCCGUCCUCUGCGGCCUGUGUCCUUUCACUUCCACAGCUCUGCCCUGUCCUCCGCCCCAGCCUUUCUUUCUAGGACCAUGGGACCUGCGAGGCUGCCAGUCUAAGGGCGCGGGCGCCGGCCACCCUUGGAGGCCACUCAGAACUGCAAUGCGGGCCAGAGACUGUGUCUGGAAGCCGUGGGGAGGGGGCCAAGGCUGCCCCGCCUGUUGGUCCCUUUGUUGGCAGCCCCCAUGCCCCCGGCCAUGCAGGGCUGGCAUCUGGGCAGAACGCCGACCCGUUCAAGGUGGAGGAAGGUGUCUGUGGCUGCGUGGCCCCUCCACCCCCUGGUGCCGGCCAGGCCCACCUCUGUCUUGUUUGCUGACCUACGUGGUGUUUGCUGACCAUGGUCUUCCUGCUGGAGGUGAGUGGACCCAGGGCCAGAGGUCGGGGAGCCUGGAGGCAGCGGGACCGUUCGAGGACGACUGGGGCCUCUCCUGGAUUGGACCUUUCAGAAAGCCCAGCGCUCUGAGUGCUUUCAUCCUCCUGACUGAGUGACCCCCGGGGCUGGUCUCCCCAUGUCUUCAGCCUGAAGAGCAGACAGGGAGUCCCUUGGCCAGGACAGCAGACUAGAGGCUCCGACGCUGGGGCUGCAGGGUCCUGCCCUCAAACCAGCACAUGAGCGAUCCGGCGGUCUCCUUGCUCUGCGCCUGAGCCCGGAAUCCUGCCUGACCACUUCGUUUUGGCCUGCCUCAGUUUACCUUUGAUGAAGAGCAUCUCUGUUGUUUGGAAAGGCAGCCUCCAAACGGGUGUGGCCUGAUGCUGUCUGUCUGCAGACAGUGCCUGGGGCCCGGAUGGUUCCAUGGGUGCUGGUAACUGACUCCUGGCUCUUUGGGGAAAAAACCCUGAUAGAGAGUCUGCCAGUUUCUGUGGGGUAAAUACUCCCUCCCACGGGGCUGACUUCAAGAUGCCUGUGUGAGGUCCCUGCACCCGGCACGGGGAGUGGAUGGGCAGGGGCGUCGCGUCGAACCCACCCUACAGGCGUGAGGCUUGUCGGUGGCCUCCAGCACCAAGGGUGGCUUGGCCUAGAGAAAUAACUGGAAAACGAUGGGUUUGGGGUAUUCGUUACUUUUGAUUUGAACGUGACAUGUCUAUUUGUCAGUUCAUGUAAUGUCGUGUUUAGUAGUGACUGUGCCUAUGGCCAGCUCACACGAUUUUGGGCCCUUCAGCUCCCGGCCCACGGGGUGGGGGGCGCCCCAGCCUGGGACCUCACCCGGGCUCCUGUGUGCCCAGGAGUGCACUUGUGACAGGGGAGGGAGCUGGGUCACACUGCGUCAGGGCCCCAAGGGGCUGAGACUUCUGAACUGAGUCUGCUGUUCAGGUCACUAUGGAGGGUCACUGGGGCGGGGGACAGAACCAAUUUUAUUGAUUAUAUUGAUUGAACAGUUUCUCAGCUUGACAUGCAACUCUCCACGUCCAGACAUGGAGCACACCGGCCCCAUCUGCAGUCUUGCUCCGGGCUCUGCAAGCGGGGUGCAGACCAGUGAAAGGGGUUCCAGUGGAGAUCAUGCCCGGUCCAGCAGAGGUGGGUCUGGGAAUCCGCGUGGGGUCCCGGCCGAGGCCGGGGUGCUGUGGGGGUUGGGCCUGAGCAGCCAGCAGGCCCAGACCGCACAGGGCUUCAUGAGUUUGGAUUUGCCCCCGAGACUGAUGGGAGCCUCCCUGUGACUCAGAGAAGGCAGGCAACCUGGCUGAGGCCACCCAGCACGGGCACGAGGGAGCAGACCAGGGCCCCCUUGUGCCUGAGGACAGAAGCCGGGUCCUUUGUCUCCUGGCCGGUCCUUCCCCUCUCAUUUCUGCAGAACCCGGUCUCGAGCCGGCCUUCCAACAGUUAACGGUCUCCUCACAGUCUGUGCCCUAUGAUUUAUUAAUACUGGGUUGAAAUACUUCAAAGGCCCCGUGGCUGCUGUGUCAGGACUGCCCCAUAUCGGAAGGCGAACACUUGAGGAACCGUUUGCUGUGCAUGAAAAAUGCAUAACGGUGUGGGCCAACGGCCCGCACCCGCCCAGCACCAUUGCACAUGCGGCUGGCUGAGGGUUAGCGCCCUAGCCUGGCAUCCACGCUGCCAGCCAGUAAGUGGCCCUGGCUUGUGGGAAGUGUCUGAGCAAUGUCCGUGACCCUCAUGGGGGUGCAGGGAGUCUGGGGCUCGUGACCCUGUAAACCCAGCCCAGCAGGUUCUGAUCCCUGGGCCCCGCUGACUGAGGGCUGUCUGCUGAAGGGCCUGCUACUCGCCAAGGGCUCUGCGGUAUCUUCGAGGGGCCUCUGCUCUGCGGUCACUCACCCUGUUUUGUAGCAACAGCCAUUUGCAAGGCAGGUCACUGCCCUCUACAGUGUGUCUUCUCCUUGCACCAGUGCCGGAGGUCAUGUCCAGACACGGGGGGCACUCUAGGCUGGACGUGGCCUCCCCUGGCCCGUCCCCUCAGGGUGGCCUCCAGGGUGCCUGCUGGAGCCUGGGGGUCCUGGCACCGUAGCACCUUCCCUUCUGACUGUCCAGGUGGCUACAGGGGUAACCCCCACUUUCCUCUUACCUGAGCAAGAGGGGGGGGAGCUCUGUAGCCCCAGGCUAGCCCGAGAGCCACAGGCCUUCUGGUCCCAGGGACACCUGGGCCUGUUCUGGGGUCAAAGACGCCCAGUUGGAAUAGAAGUUGCCCCUUCGCACCCCCGCAGCCCCAUCCCACCCAGCAUGCCCUGUUGUUGUCCGGGAGACACUUGCCCUGGUCCCCCUGUGGCUCCCAGAGGGUGGUGGGUUCCCUGUGAUGUGCUCUCUGAGGACAGAUGUUCCUUGGGGAGGGGUGGAGGGGUGCGGGAUCUCUCUCGGGUGUCGAGGAAGGACAGCUCCCAUCCUCCUCUCACCUGACCCUGGGCAUCGCUGCGGCCUCUCCCCGGUUCCCAUGUCAGUCCCAGGCCAGGACCCUGUCCCUCUGGGAGGAUGGCCUGCUGCCCCGUGGCCCCCUCGGAGCCUACACAGAUGGAUCCCAGACUGUGUGUGGGGGUGGGGGGUCCCCUCUGCUGGCUCCUGGGCUCCCGGAGUCAGAAGGAAACGGGCACUGACAUUCAUGGAGCUUGGAGCUUCGGCACGGCCCCCCUGAGGGGAGCACCGCAUCCCUCCAAGCGGGCACGGAGGGCGCUGGGCGUCAGGGAGGUCUCCGUGCUCUGCCGUCUGGUGAGUGUUGAUUUGAGCACCCUUCGUUGUGAGCGAGGUGGGCCGUGUCUUACCGGGUGUCAGUGGGCCCGGUUUCCUUUCCUGGGAAUGGCCUCUUCUUGCCCUUUGAGGGAAGCAUGACUUACACAUUUAAAAAAUGUUCUGCUCAGCUCCCCCGGCCCUGCCCUCCCCACGGCUGAAUGAGUCCUUGUUGGCCGAGGGCUGGGCGCGUGGUGAAAGGGGCUUUGGACCAAGCCAGGGCCGGGAAGAAAGCAGGGAGCCACCUUCCCCAGGGAGGGGCUGUGCCGGGGACACUGAGUCAUGGGCACUGGAGGAGGAGGAAAAGGGCUGGUCCCAGCCCAGAGGAGCCCAGCUUGCUCAUGGCCCCAGAUGCACUGCUCAGCUGGGCCUCAGUUUCCCCAUCCUUCUGGGUGGGUUCUGUCUGUCAUGCAGAGCUCCAGGUGGGCCCUCCUGUGUGCCCUUGGGAUGUCACGGCCUUUGUGAGGCUCCCCCAGGGCCUGUGCGGCCCCGAACUUGCACCCCCCCCAGCCAGUUACCCACCCCGAGACAGCGGCAGUAGUAGCCUUCCGUGUGUGGUCUCCAGACGCGAGUGGAUGGGUUCUGCUCGCCCGGGUGUUGAGUGCUUGCAGCAAAACUGCGUUCUAGAAAAGUGUGCUCUCAUGAUGACCCGCCUGCCCUCACCCCUCCUCCGCCUCCUCCUGGCUCCAGCCCAGAGCCCACCGGGAAGGGUGGAGAGGCCACCAGGGCCUCCGUGCCUCUGGCCCACGUGCCUGGCCCUGGGGCUUGGACGGGACGUCUGCCCCCCACCGCUCCUGCCCGGUGCUCCUGGGUCUCUCCUCCUGGAACUCGGAGCCCCAAGGCUGUGCGGAGGGAGGCGGGGGCCUGGGGCUGCUGAGGCUGGGCCCUGCAGGGCCUUGGCAGGUCGAGCCGCUCACCCUGGGCACGGCGUCCAGGGCUGUUCUCCCAGGACCGCGUGGAGGACCGCCGGGGCCCCAUCCGCGGAGGUAAGACAGGCGGGGUGGAUUUCCAGGAGCCCGUGGGGCUUGGCUGGGAAGGAGUUUACAUCAGACUUGUUGGCAGUUGGCAGUUUUAUUCUGGAAUAAUUGGAAGUUGGUCCUUCCUCCACCCCCACACACCUCUAUGGUUGUGGAUGCGCAGAGCCUCGGUUUCCCCAUGGAGGUUCCCUCUCCAGAUGUCAGGGACACCGCUUCUCUGCAGGGGGCAUGUUUGGGGCUCCAGGAGCCAUGUGCCCGGCAACCAGGCCGGGGAGGGGGGCAGAGAAGAGAGAGCUCCCCGCCCCGGCCCCCAGGGUUAGCGGGCCGGCAUCCUGAGCCCUCCUGGCCCUGCGGCUCUCCGUCAGACCCCCUGGACCAAAGCCCGGGCUGCCGUGUGACAGGGCAGGUGACACGGGAACAGGACUUGUGGCCACCAGCAGCCCCUCAGGGCCUGGCACUGUGCCCGCAUCUCACUGCAUGACCAUGAGGACCAGCUUUUCCAGGGGGGUGCUGCGAGCCACCAGGAGCCCUUCAAGCCUCCGUUAAUUGAAGUCAAGUGACAUUAAACACUCCAUCCCCAGUGUGGCUAGCGGCCCGGUCUUGGGCAGCGCAGACACAGAGUGCGUCCGUCACGGCCAGAGAGUCUGCAGGACAGGCAGGCCGAGGGCACGUGGAGGCUCAGAGAGGUGACAGCCUGGAGUCCGGGGCUGGGCCUGGGCCGUUCCCUUGAGGGCUCCUGCCCGGGCAGCUCAGGCGUCCUGGUGGCACGCGGCUCAACUUCUCCAGCCUUUCUGCGGCCCUGUCCUGGCUGGUGGAGGGCGUCUCCUGGCCCUGCCUCCUCCGUGGGCUCCCAGUGCCUGCCCUUUCCUCGCGGGGCGCAGAUGCCCUCAAAGAAGGGGCAGGUCUCGGGGGAGAGGUGGCCCCGGGUCCUGUGGGCAUCGCCUGUCAGGCCUCGGCUAGGGACCAGAGGAGUGCCCUCCUUUCCCCGAGGAGA